AUGGAGAAUAACGGAGAUAUUAAUGCUCGGCAAAGUCAAAAGUUGGCGGUUUACAAUGAGGUUCUUCGGAGGCUCAAAGAAUCCAAUAACGCGGAAGCUCAACAACCUGGCUUCGACGAUGAACUUUGGGCUCAUUUCAGUCGUCUUCCUACUCGAAGGUACGCAUUAAAUGUAAAUGUUGAAAGGGCAGUGGAUGUACUCACACACAAGCGGUUACUGCAUCUUGCUCAUGAUCCAGCUGAUAGACUUGCCCUUGAAGUCCGGCUAGUGCAGGACGUUGCUCUACAUCCCAAUGAAGACUCAAUACAUUCUGUUCAUUCUAGCUCGUUAAACAAGGAAGUUAGCCAAAGGCCUAAUCAUGAAAUUACGUUUUCAACAGACGACAAGCCAAAGCUCUUCAGUCAGCUAACUUCAUUACUAGCUGAGCUUGGUCUGAACAUCCAGGAAGCACAUGCCUUUUCCACUGUGGAUGGUUAUUCCCUUAAUGUCUUUGUUGUUGAGGGUUGGCCCUAUGAGGAAAUUGAGCGUCUUAGAACUGCGCUGGAAAGGGAAAUCAUGAGGGUUCAGAAAUCUUGGGAAAGUCAAAGUCUGUUGCACUCAUUGGGAAAGCAGACUGAAGAGGUGAUAAGAUGUGCAUUUGAUCAUUUGACAAUACCUUGUGACAAAAAUGAUGUCUGGGAAAUUGAUCAUCAGCUUCUAAACUUUCAACAGAAGAUUGCAUCUGGUUCCUACAAUGACUUAUAUAAAGGUACAUACUGCAGUCAGGAAGUAGCUAUCAAAAUCCUGAAAUCUGAGUGUUUGAACACAGAAUUGCAGAAGGAGUUCGCCAAAGAAGUGUACAUCAUGAGAAAACUUUGUCACCAGAGUGUGGUCCGAUUUAUAGGGGCAUGUACUAGGCCUCCAAAUUUGUGUAUAGUAACAGAAUACAUGUCUGGAGGAAGUGUAUAUGAUUACUUGCACAAGAAAGGGCACAGCUUUAAACUACCUGCUUUGCUUAAAGUGGCAAUUGAUGUAUCAAAAGGGAUGAACUAUCUGCAUCAAAACAAUAUUAUGCAUAGGGACUUGAAGCCUGCCAAUCUACUGAUGGAUGAAAAUAGAGUUGUUAAAGUGGCUGACUUUGGUGUUGCAAGAAUAAAGGCACAAUCCGGAGUCAUGACCGGAGAGACUGGGACAUAUAGAUGGAUGGCCCCCGAGGUUGUUGAACACAAACCAUAUGAUCACAAAGCAGAUAUUUUCAGUUUUGGGAUUAUGUUACGGGAGUUGCUUACUGGAAAGUAUCCAUACGAGUACUUGACCCCAAUACAAGCUGCUAUGGGAGUGGUCCAGGAGGGUUUGCGACCAACUAUAACAAAGCGCACUCAUCCCGAACUUGCUCAGCUUCUUGAGAGAUGCUGGCAGCAAGACCCCACAUUCAGACCUGAGUUUUCCGAAAUAAUACAGACACUGCAGCAAAUAGCAAAAGAGGUUCGAGAUGAACGAGACUAUCGUCUCAAGGAAAAGUCAUUUAGAGGAUUCUUAUCGACACUUCGACAUGUAUAUCGUUCAGUCAAGACAUAGACAGAAUAAAUGUUGUUUAUUUGUAUUGUCCUCCUUUUUCCUUCAUACAAAAAUGUAUAUCUGAUUCUUUAAUUCUUGAAAACUAACCACUUCCAUAUCUUUUUCUUGCAUUUAUAGAGUUAAAAUUA